UAGAGCAGGCCUUUUGCUUUUCUCUACAUCUAAGCCACAGAAAGGCUUGUGGUUGGACUUUAUGCAACAAAUAUGCCAAAACCUCUCACGAGCUGUGUGUUAAUUUGUGGCAAACACGAGACGAGUGUUAGUUUGUGGCAAACAUUUUACUGAUGACUGCCUGGGCAAUUUGCGACAAAUGUGGAUCACAUCUUUCACUUUCCCUGGGAUCGAUGCCAACUCUCGAUGGAACAGCACCUGUUCACAAAUCGCGUUUUAAGCAGUUCCGUGCUCAGCGAUUUGUCGUCAACGCCGCGGGGAGACGACACAUGUCGAGUGAAGCCAAGAGGUUGUGCGUUGACAGAAUGGCCGCUAAAACGAUCGGAACCCACAACGGAACAUUUCACUGUGACGAGGUUUUGGCCUGCUUCUUCCUCCGGCAGCUUCCCGAAUACAAGGAUGCGGAGAUCGUACGGACCAGGGACCCCACGCUACUUGCCGGUUGUGACAUCGUUGUGGAUGUGGGAGGAGAAUUUGAUUCUCAGAGGCACCGCUACGAUCAUCAUCAAAGAACCUUUACAGAGACCUUCAACAGCCUGCUUCCCAACAAGCCCUGGGUGACCAAGCUCAGCUCUGCCGGCCUGGUCUAUCUCCACUUUGGCCGUCAGCUGUUGGCCCAUCUGACGCAGCUGAAAGAGGACGACAAGCAGCUGGAGAUCCUCUACGACAAACUGUAUGAGAACUUUGUGGAGGAGGUGGACGCCAUAGACAACGGCAUUUCGCAGUGUGACGGCGAGCCGCGCUACGCCAUCUCCUCCACGCUGAGCGCACGUGUCGGUCAUCUGAAUCCGCGCUGGAACAGUAAGAGUCAGGACACCGAGGAGGGGUUCAAAAAGGCUUUGGCUUUAGUUGGGGAUGAAUUUCUGGACCGAUUGGAUUUCUACAUCACCUCCUGGUUACCAGCCCGCCAGGUUGUGGAAAAAGCCGUUAACGAGCGCUACAAGGUAGAUCCCAGCGGACAGGUGAUGGAGUUCUCCCAAGGCGGCUGUCCCUGGAAGGAGCAUCUGUUCGCUCUGGAGAAAGAGCUCCAGGUAGAGACGCCCAUCAAGUACGUGCUGUACUCUGACCAGAAUGGACAUUGGAGGGUCCAAUGUGUCCCCGCGGGCCUCAACACCUUCCAGAGCAGACUACCUCUGCUCGAGGAGUGGCGCGGUAUCCGUGACGAUGAGCUGUCCAAGCUCAGCGGUAUCGAGGGAUGCAUCUUUGUCCACACCUCCGGUUUUAUUGGCGGAAACAAAACGCGGGAAGGGGCCCUGGAGAUGGCCCGCAGAACCCUGCAGGCCGCUGUCAAGUCGUCUGCCAACGGUGACUGCUGACCAGUCAGAGGUUUCUGUGGUCGAGAUGUUACUUUCAACAAUGUUCAUCUUGUGUUGCGAUGGUUUGAUACUGACCACAAUAUUAGGUACACCUGCACAAUCAAAUAGGACAGGAGGCUUUAAAUGUGAUAUGUAGUUUUGGAGUUUGAGACCCCUGGUGUAGCUGAACCUAAUGAAUUCUUUUGCCAUCCAUUUCCAAUAAAAUUCACUCGUUAAUA